AUCACUAAUUUAAGAAAAAUAAAAUUAUUUGAUUUUUAAACAAUCGUGAAAAAUACAAAGGUUCAAAUACAAGGAAAACUUUUUUGGUAUAGAAGGCUAGGCUUAGACGCACCGCACCUACAGAGCAUACUAAUAAUUCCCUGAUUUGGAGCAUUUUGGGAAAUAAUCAUAAGUAUUCCAAAAACAAACGAGCCAAUCAUGAUUAAACUACUAAGUCAUUAUUAGUCUUAUAGCAUCCCACCAAUAAAUCAUAAGAUGAAAAAAUAAGUAGGUACUCUAAGAUCAUUUUCAUUCAUUUUUAGUGAAAGCCGAACAAAUGUUCAACCCAUUAUUUAGAGGGAGAGAGUUGUGGUGAUGUGAAUUAUGAGGAGGGGAGGGUGGGUCUUUAUAGGGAAGAAGGAGUAGUUGUGGCAGGAGGCGGCGAACAGAUCGUGUUCAUCAAAAGUGAUCAAGAGUUGACCACGUGACAGCUCAGUGAUCCAUGCCUUCCCCAUAGCUUUCCCUGAGUUCCACGUCAGUGAUCCAGGUUGCCAUCUCUAACCAAUCGCAUCGCACGGAAUCGGUAAAUGAGGAUUGCGUCCCCCAAACGCAAUCUUAAGGUCAAUUGCGAGUAAUGCCAGUGAUCCGGGCAGAUCACAGUUCCCUAAAGAGACUAAAUGUAAAUAUUGGGCCAAGACAAGAAGCAGCUCAGGCCGCCCACGAGUCCAACUGCCAAUGCAACCAUGCACUUGACGUGGUCUCCAAGUCCCAAACGGAACCACCUCGUAUUUCACAUGUAACCCAAGAUGAUUGUAAACUAGGGUAUUUAAGGAGUUUUAAGAAAUGAUGCCACUAUCAUCAAUAAUAAACAGUAGCAGCUUUCCCGUGGACGUAAGCCUCACCAAGGGUGAGGAAGAACCACGUUAAAUGGUUCUCCUUAAAUUUUCAUACUAUUUAUCAUUGUAUCAGUGCAGAGGUCUUAGGUUGACCUUUAUCAGCCUUCAAUCAUGGUUAACAGCGACACCGCCGAUGUCAAGAGUCAGCCUCACGAUGGCACCAGCACUUCGCCCCCGAACUCCCUCCUUGCUUGGAGAGGUAUUAACAUCUUCCAAUUACGGUCAAUGGGUUCUGGAUAUGAAGGACACUCUUGUGGCAAAAAAAUAAAAAUCAAAUUCUUUAAUGUCAAUUUAAUCAAACCAACUAAUCCUGUGGAGAAGGAUGCUUGGAUUCGCUGUGAUGCGAUGGUAAAAGGAUGGCUGAAGACUUGGAUGGAUAAAGAAAUUCGAAGUAGCAUCAGGUUCGCCCAAAACGCAGGGAUAUUUGGUCUGAUCUACGUGAGCGUUCUGGCCAAGGAAGCUAUCCCGUGCUUACGAACUACACCGUCUGAUCACUCUUCUUCAGCAAGAGAAGCGCUCUGUGUCAUCCUUCUACACUCUCUUGCGAUCCUUAUGGGAGGAAGCUUCAUCUAUUGCGCCCUUCCCUCACUGCAUUUGCGGCAAGUGCAUGUGUAACGUGACCAAACGCGUACGAGAGCCGCAUGAAGGAUCGAGACUAGUGGAUUUCCUGAUGGGUCUUGACGAGGUUACUUUUGGUGGCGUACAAAUACAUGUAUUGGCCAUGAAGCCGGCUCCUAGCUUAUCUGAAGCAUUUAACAUAAUUCUCAAUGCAGAGCAUCAGAAGUUGAUUUCACAGAACCGUAAGAUCCAACCCGAAGCCGCAACUAUUGUGGCGCAAGGUGAAGCAGAACGAACAGAUCGUGCCGAUAGGUCUUGAGGUACGGGGGAGCAAAGAGAGAAAGCUCGUUGCACUCACUGCCUAAAACAAGGACACGUUAGAGAAACAUGUUAUGAACUGAUCGGGUACCCACCCAGAGACAAGCCAAACGAUCGGCAGAAUCGUCGGCCUCGAAACCCGAUCGAUGAAACAAGUGAGGAACAUCGUUGGGAACCUCGGGCAUCCCAAUUCGAUUCUGAUCACAGCCGUGUGGCUUGUUUUUCAGUAGCCCAUCUGAAUCAACUUAAGCAGUUCUUCGGCCUUGGAGAUAAAAUGGGAGAGGAGCAUGAUCCAGUAGCUCACAUGGCAGGUAUUAUCUCUAACGAUACUAAGUGGUUGUUUGAUUCGGGUAAUGAGUACAUUACUAUGGAUGAGUCAUUAUUAGAUGAAAAUGAAGCUCAUGUUAAUGUUCAACCAGUUCGAAUUUUGAACGCUGAAAGUAUUCUGGUAAAGAAUGUUGGUUCUGUGACUCUUUGAACUGGAUUUUGUUUAAGCCGAGUUCUACAUAUGCCCGAAUUUCAGUGUAACUUGAUUUCUUUGAGUAGACUGACUAAGGAUAAUCAAAUGGCUUUGAUUUUCCUUGAUGUUUUUGCGUAAUUCAGGACUUACACUACAAGAAAUUGAUUGGGAAGGGUGAGCUACAUGACGGUCUUUAUUACCUACAUUUGUUUGGAGCUAGAACAAACGCAGGCAUGUACAGUUCAGAGAAGAAACUUGGCGAUGGAGGUGGACUAGCAUUCACGGCUAGGAGAUCCAUCACCGGAGAAGCAGGCUUAUGUUAGUCGUUUGUUAUCUUUUUCUAUGUCAAAUAAAAGCCCCUGUCAUUCUUGUUCGUGGGCAAAACAGUCACGUCUCCCUUUUCAGUCUAGCACUAUUAAGACGGCAACAAGGUUUUACCUGAUUCAUGUGGAUCUCUGGGGUGAUUACACAAUUGUAUCUUUAAGUGGUGCUCAUUAUUGUCUAACAAUUAUGGACGACUUUACUCAUUGUGUUUGGGUUUAUCUAUUAAGUUAUAAAUCAGAAGUAGAGGGUCACUUGUUGCAGUUUUGUCAAAUAGUGCGUACGCAUUUUAGAGCAUCUGUCCCCACCUUCACCCAAAAAUGUUGCAAAGAAUAUUCCUGAGGCUAACAUGAAUCAUCCGAAGCAAGAAGGUGACAAGCCAGCUGUAACACCUUAGGCAAAUCCCACAUCGACAAAGCACGGGAGAGAUCCAUGGUUCAUAAGUAGGAAACCGGCCUUAACUGACAAGACGCGUUUUGGGGUGUAAUGGAGGAGUUCUUGUGAGAACUCCGAAGUUAAACGUGCUCUGUGUGGAGUACAACAAGGAUAGGUGACCUUAUGGGAAGUCACCUUGAAUUGCACCCCAAGUCAAAAACCGUGAGGGUCGAGGCCCAAAGCGGACAAUAUCUUGCUCAGAAAAAGGUUCGGAAUGUUACAAGUGGUAUCAGAGCCUCUCCGCGUCCCUCUUGAACGAUGGUGGGGCAAACAUCAACGAGGACGUUGAGUCCCAAGGGGGGUUGGGUUGUAUGUAACACCUUAGGAAAAUCCCACAUCGACAAAGCACGGGAUAGAUCCAUGGUUCAUAAGUAGGAAACCGGCCUUAACUGACAAGACACGUUUUGGGGUGUAAUAAAGUUCUUGUGAGAAC